UCUAGAGUGGCUGUGGAGGCUGGGAGGCCUGGCUGGGGUCCGCCUUCCGUGUGGCUCUUCGGAAGCUAACCGGGAAGGACAGUAGAAAGGAUAGGAUCUCCCUCCGCGCCGUUGUUAGGAUCCAUGGUCCCCGUCGUGUUACGGGCCGUCUUGCGCGGAGGUGUCAGCCGGGGCUGCGCUCUUCCCGAGGCCUUCUCACCCGCCCUCCGUCCUCGUCCGCUUCCAGAGGCGGCACCCUGAGCCUGAGCGCCUUUUUACAAGGGGGAGCCUGGGGCUCUGAGUGCGAUAGUCGUCCCGAGGCCACUUCGCCCAGUGUGGGGUGGGCGUUCGGCUGCUCCCGCAGAGCCCGCUCCAGUCGCCAGUUUCUCGAACCGGGUCUGCUCAGAGGAUCCCAUGGCGGCCGCGACGCUUAUGGACCUGGCUCAGGGCUGUGUGACCUUCGAAGAUGUGUUCGUGUACUUCUCCCGGGAAGAGUGGGAGCUCCUUGAGGAAGCUCAGAGACUCCUGUACCGUGAUGUGAUGCUGGAGAACUUUGCACUUGUGGCCUCGCUGGGUUGUUGGUGUGAAGCAGACAAUGAGGAGGCCCCUUCUGAGCAGAGCGUUUUUGUAGAAGGAGUGUCAGAGGUCAGGACUCCUGAGUCAUGUCCAUUUAUCCAGAAAGCCCAGCCGUGUGAGAUAUGUGACCCACUCUUGAAAGACAUUUUGCACCUGGCUGAACACCAGGGAUCAUGCCCUGCACAGAAACUGUACACAUGUGACCCCUGUGGGCAAGGAUUCCUGUUCAGUGAAAACUUUUAUCAGCACCAGAAGCAAUAUAGUGGGAAGAAUCCUGUCAGAAGGGGUGAUGAUGGGGCCUCACUUGUGAAGAGCUGUGCUGUCCACAUGUUAGGGAGACCUUUUACUUGCAGGGAGGAAGGGAUGGACUUGCCAGGUAGCUCUGACCUGUUCCAGUACCAAAGCACUUACAAUGGAAUGAGUCCAUGCAAAAAGGCCGAGUUCAUGGAGCCUUUUCCACAAAGCUCCAGACUCGGGCGACACCAGGGAGACCAUGAUGAACUGAUGCUUCUCAAUUGCAGUGACAAUGGGAAAACGUUCCUGAACACCUUCACUCUCCUUGACAACCAGAUAACUCAGGCUGAAGUGCGAGCUUUUAGGUGCCUACCAUGUGGAAAUCUGUCCAAGGAGAAAUCAGUUCUUAUUCAUCACACAAAAAUUCAUAGUGGAGAAACAUCACAUGUGUGUAAGGAAUGUGGAAAGGCCUUCAUUCACCUGUCUCACCUAAAAACCCACCAGAAAUUUCACAAUGGGAAAAGACAAUAUACAUGCAGUGAAUGUGGGAAGGCCUUCAGCCGCAAAGACACGCUUGUACAACACCAGAGAGUCCACACUGGAGAAAGGUCUUAUGACUGCAGCGAAUGUGGAAAAGCCUACAGCAGAAGCUCCCACCUUGUUCAGCACCAGAGAAUUCACACCGGAGAAAGGCCUUAUAAGUGUACUGAAUGUGGAAAAGCCUUUAGCCGUAAAGACACACUUGUUCAGCACCAGAGAUUUCAUACGGGAGAAAGGCCUUAUGAGUGCAGUGAAUGUGGGAAAUUCUUUAGCCAAAGCUCUCACCUUAUUGAGCACUGGAGAAUUCACACUGGGGCAAGGCCUUACGAGUGCAUAGAAUGUGGAAAAUUCUUUAGCCAUAACUCCAGCCUCAUUAAACAUAGGAGAGUCCACACAGGAGCAAGGUCUUAUGUGUGUGGCAAAUGUGGGAAGGCUUUUGGCUGCAAAGACACACUUGUUCAGCACCAGAUAAUUCACACUGGAGCAAGGCCUUAUGAGUGCAGUGAGUGUGGAAAGGCCUUCAGCCGUAAAGACACGCUUGUACAGCACCGGAAAAUCCACACCGGAGAAAGGCCUUAUGAGUGUGGCGAAUGUGGAAAAUUCUUUAGCCAUAGCUCCAACCUCAUUGUGCAUCAGAGAAUUCACACUGGAGCGAAGCCUUAUGAGUGCAGUGAAUGUGGGAAAUGCUUUAGCCACAACUCUAGCCUCAUUCUACACCAGAGGGUUCACAGUGGAGCAAGGCCUUAUGUGUGUAGUGAAUGUGGGAAAGCCUACAUUAGUAGCUCCCACCUUGUUCAGCACAAGAAAGUCCACACUGGAGCAAGGCCUUAUGAGUGCAGUGAAUGUGGGAAAUUCUUUAGCCGCAACUCUAGCCUCAUCCUUCACCAGAGGGUUCACACUGGAGAGAAGCCUUACGUGUGCAGUGAAUGUGGGAAAGCCUAUAGCAGAAGCUCCCAUCUUGUUCGGCACCAGAAAGUUCACACUGGCGAAGGGCCUCAUGAAUGCAACAGUUUUGAUGGCCCUUUAGCUGCAUCUGUUACACAUGUUUAGCAGCCAGAAGGUUCACGCUAGAGAAAGGCCCUAUGAAUGCAGAAAAUGUGCUGUAUCCUUGUUCAAGGUAUUAGGACUCACACCAGAGAAGAGCUCUGUGAGUGCCCUUUGUGAGGGAGCCAGCAGGUCAACCUUGUACAAUCGUACAUCCACCCCAGGGAGAUUCCCGAUAAGUACCACAUAGGUGAGAAGCUCUCAUGAGGUGCAUUGCACUUCCUCAACUGUCCAGGGCUCUUGACAGUUAUAUCACUGCCAGUGCCUGUGGUGGAAGCCAUCUCAUUGCUGUUAAGUUCCCACAGUGUCUGUCAGUUACUCCAAUAUGCUCAGGAAAGGUGGAGCCCUGUGCUGUCUCUCCUGAUCCCUCUAGGGGAUUGUGAAUGUUCUGAGUGCACAGAAGGUCCUCAUUUCCUUCCCCAUGACUGGGUACUGAGUGACCAUGAUCUAGCUCUGGCCGAAAGGACCAGAGUCUACUGGGGAUUUCCAGACACGAUUUCACUUCUUCCUGGACAAUGUUGACUGUCACAUGAUAGCUGUGACUUAUUUAUCUUACUCCCAAGUCACCCAACUUUGGAACUCCCUGUCUGUGCUACUCUAGUUUGUGCAGUGAUAAAGGCCUGCUGUGGCAGUCUUUACUCACGGGAGGUCAGUUCAUUGUGUCUAAUGGAUUGAGAAAAAAUUGGGUUUUACUGACAUGGAGGGAGGAACACCUUAUGUUGACACCAAUGUUAUGUGCCUCAGAAGGGACAGCAGGGUGGUAGAGAACAGCUCUCAGUCUAGUCUGGCCUAGUUUGCAUUGUUGCCCAAGGCUUGCUAGAAAAGUCUGAAGAGCUUUAUGCACCUAAUCCUGUGGCUUCGAAGUCAGGAUUUACUGUGAGCCCAGAGUUCAUUCUGAGGAGGGCACAGUUGGUGUGGAAAUCUCCAGUACUUGUGGAAGCAACAUGAAUUGGGUCCUUUGUUCCUAGGGAAUAUCCCAUAUUCCCCAGCACUUUUGAGGGAUUUCUGUCUCCUGGACCUGUACAGGAGCCAGUCCCUGAUGUCCAGAAUCUCAUAGGCAAGUAUCAUUGACUGGAAGGCUUUAGCCCUUUAGGGCAAGGUAGGAAUCAUAGUUGGUACAGAAACACUGAUAUAAUGGAGUGGGGAUGACUGUGGCUAGUGAGAGGAUGUGUGUCUAUUCUAACAGUGGCAUCUAUAAACAUCCAUGUGAUUUUGGCUGUAUGGCAUGAAAGUGUACAGAAAUUCUCAGGACCUUCAGAUGUCUGAGUCUCCUGCGGCCAAUGCACUGUUACAGUAAAUAAUCUAAAGAUUUGUGGAUUCCUGUACCUCCCUGGGCUGUUGAUGUUAUGGCCAUCACUGCACAGGCAGGAACCCCAGCACUGAUGAGAGAUCCAGGGAUCAGGCUUCUCUGACCCAGCCAACAUUUCUAGUGACUGAAGUGGACGUGGACUUCAUUGCUGAUACUGAGGCAGGGCUAAUCCCCCUAAACUGUGGGGAGAGGGAUAUGCUAGAACCAGAACAGUUGGCAGAUGUGACUUUCCAAGAGGAAUGGUAAAUAUGGGUUUUCAUAGGGAACAUUUAGUUCUUAACAUCUUCAUUAAGGUAUGGUGACAUGAAAUAAACUGAAUAUGUAAAGUGUAAAACGUGUUAUGUUUCACCAUGUGUAAAUACUGAUGAGACCACACCAUCAAGAUAAUGGAGAUAUCCCACACAACCAAAAGAUUCCUUGUAUCCCUUUAUAAUCCUUUCCUCCCAGUCCUUUCUGGCCCCCUUUCCCACAGUUCACAAGUAAUAGCAAGCAUUUUCUAGAAUUUCAUAUAAAUAGAAUCAUGGUAUAUACUUUCUGGGGAGUGGGGACUCUGACAUUUUUCACUAACCGUAACUAUUUUGAGAUUAAGCCAUCGUGUUGCAUGUAUUAAUUGUUCAUUUGUAUUGUUGAGUAUUAUUCCAUUGUAUGGAUAUACUACAAUUGGUUUUUUAUCCAUUUGCCUGUUAGUGGAUGUUUGGGUUAUUUCCAGCGUUUGGCUGUUACAAAUAAAGCUGCUGUGAAGAUUUGCUUAUAAGUUAUCACUGAAUAACAUUCCAUUGUAUGGAUGUAACAGUUUGCUUAUCCAUUCACUGGCUGAAGGACAUCUUGAUUGCUUCCAAGUUUUGGCAGUUAUGAAUAAACCUGCAAUAUGCAUUGUGUGUAGGAGGACAUAAGUUUGUAGACCUCAGAUUUCAGUUUGUUUGGUUUCAAGCCAAGGCAUGAUUUGCUAGGUCAUAUAGUAAGAGUAUAUUUAGUUUUGUAAGAAACUGUCUUCCAAAGUGGCUGUAUCAUUUUGUAUUCCCAUGAGCAGUAGGUGAGAGUUCUGUUGCUCCAUGUCCCUGUCAGCAUUUGGUGUUGUCAGUGUUUUCGAUUUUUGCCAUUCACAUAGGUGUGUAGUAACAGUAUGUUUUUGUUGCUUUAAUUUGCAAUUCCCUAACGACAUAUGACGAAUAUCUUUCAAUAUUCUUUUAACAGUGUCUUUUGCAGAGCAGAACUUUUAAAUUUUAGUCAAGUCCAAAAUACUCGGUUUUUCUUUCAUGGAUUGUGGUUUGGUGUUGUAUCUAAAAACUCAUUGCCAAACCCAAGGUCUUCAUUGUCUCCUGUGUUAUCUUCUAGGUAUUCUAUAGUUUUUGUUUUUGUUUUUGUUUGUUUUUUUGCGGUACGCGGGCCUCUCACCGCUGUGGCCUCUCCCGUUGUGGAGCACAGGCUCCGGACGCGCAGGCUUAGCGGCCAUGGCUCACAGGCCCAGCCACUCCGCAGUAUGUGGGAUCUUCCCGGACCGGGGCACGAACCCGUGUCCCCUGCAUCGGCAGGCGGACUCUUAACCACUGUGUCACCAGGGAAGCCCUAUUCUAUAGUUUUGUAUUUAGGUUUAUUAUCCAUUUUGUGAAAAUAUUUGUGAAAGGUGUAAGAUCUGUGUCUGGGUCACUUUUUUAAAGCCCUAUGUGUUGAAAAGACUAUCCUUUCUCCAUUCCUUUGCCUUUGCUCCCUUUUCAAAGAUCACUUGACUGUAUUAGCAUGGAUGUAUUUCUAGACUCUCUGUUCCAGUUUUCUCCAUUUAUUGUGAUAAUCAUCGUGUGGCUUUGGGGGGUUUUUUCUUGUUGUCUUUUAUUUUAUUUAUAUGGUUUAUUCCAUUAAUUGAUAUCCAAAUGUUAAGCCAACCUUGCCUUUCCUGGGACAAAUCCCACUGGAUCAUGUUGUAUAAUCCUUUGUAUAUGUUGCAGAGACAGUUUUCUGAUACUUUGUUAAUGUAUUUUACAUCUAUAUAGAUGAACAAUAAUGAGUUUGUAUAUUUGUUUUCUUCUGAUACCUCUGUAUCACAGGGGUCCCCAACCCCCGGGCCGUGGACUGGUACCGGUCCGUGGCCUAUUAGGAUCCGGGCUGCACCACAGGAGGCGAGCUGCGGGAGGGCACCCGGGGAGCGAAGCUUCACCUGCUGCUCCCCAUGGCUCGUGUUACCGCCUGAACCACCCCCCCCCCAACAGCCCUCCCACCCGGUCCAUUGGAAAAUUGUCUUCUUCAAAACGAGUCUCUGGUGCCAAAAUGUUUGGGGACUGCUGCUGUAUCACAGUAAUUCUGAUCUCAUAGAAUAAGUUGGGAAGUGUUUCCUCCUCUUUUCUGGAAGAGUUUUUGAAGGAUCAGUGAUAUUUCUUUUUUAAAUGCUGCUGGAAUUCCUUAGUGAAGGCACCUGAGCCUGGAAUUUUCUUGUGGGAAGAUUUUCAAUAAAAACUACUUUGUAUAGUCCUAUAUACAUUCUCUACUUAUGUCAGAUUUGAUCAUUGGUGUCUUCUAGGAAUUUGUCCAUUUUAACUUAAUUGUCUAAUUUGGGAGGAAUAGGAUUGUUUAUAAUAUUCCCUUAUGAUACUUUUAAUUUCUGUAGUGUCUUCAUUCCUGACUUUGUUAGUUUGUUGUCUUCUUUUUUUGUGAGCCAACUUAGAGUUUUGUCAAUUUUGUUGAUCUUUUGAAACAACCAACAUUUUUUCUUUCAUUGAUUUUUAAAAAAAUUUUUCUGUUUCCUGUUUCCGUGUUUUGUUCUAUUCUUUAUUUCCUUUCUUAUCCUUGCUUUGGGAUUAGUUUGGUCUUAUUUUCCAGGUUUCUUAAUAUGGAAUAUUAGGUUAUUGACAUCAUUCUUCUUUUGUAAUAAGCUUUUCUUUUUUUAAUUUUUUUUGGCUGCAUUGAGUUUUUGUUGCUCUGCGUGGGCUUUCUCUGGUUGCAGUGAGCGAAGGCUACUCUUCAUUGCAGUGCACAGGCUUCUCACUAUGGUGGCUUCUCUUGUUGCAGAGCAUGGGCUCUAGGUGUGCGGGCUUCAGUAGUUGCAGCAUGCAGGCUCUAGAGCACAGAUUCAGUAGUUGUGGCGCACGGGCUUAGUUGCUCUGUGGCAUGUGGGAUCUUCCCAGACCAGGGCUCGUACCUGGGUCCCCUGCAUUGGCAGGUGGAUUCUCAACCACUGGGCCACCAGGGAAGCCCUGUAAUAAGCUUUUUAAAGCUAUAAUUUCCCUCUAAUCAUUUAAUUUAGUUGUAGCAUAUCAAUUUUUUGUACGUAACAUUUUUAUCUUCAUCUAGUUCAAAAUAUUUAUGUUUGUAACAUUUUCCUUGUAAUUUCUUCUUUUACCUAUAGGAUUUUGACAGUUUAAUAACUUUUUCUAUUAAAUUUGCAGGGAUGGUAUCACAGAGCGGGAAGAAUGCUUUUGCUUUUUCAGUCAAUGGCUUUUUUCAGUCAAUGCUUUUUCAGUCAAUGCUUUUUCAGUCAAUGGCUUUUUCAGUUGAAAUGGGGAAAAUCUGUGGGUUAUUUGAAAUACCUUCCACUCUUGGGAAGAGAUUGAGCUAAGCUGUUGGUGUUUAAUGGAGAAAAAAUAGCAACCAUACUUACCAGGAAUUGAUGAGGAUGAUCAUCUAUAAUUAACUCAUCUUGAGGGCUUAAAGGAUAUGGCAGGUUAUUGGCCACUUUUCCUUCCUCAAAGCACCCUGACUGCUCUGAUUUGAGGGAUUUUCUUUUUUAAAAUAAUUAAUUAAUUUGGCUGUUCCGGGCAUUUAGUUGCGGCACACAGGAUCUUUGUUGCAGCAUGUGGGAUCUAGUUCCCUGACCAGGGGUCGAACCCGGGCCCCUUGCAUAGGGAGCAGGGAGCCCCUGAGGGGUUUUCUUUGUCUUGGUUUUUCUUCAUAAGAUGGGACAACCUUUUUUCCAGUGUCCCUUCUAUUUACAAUAUUUACAAGUGUCCUUGUCAAUAGGUGGUUGGUUGGGACAUGGGCCCCUUAGCCCCUGCUGAUCUGCAGGGACACAUGUUUUCCUCAGAUCUGUCUUGUAGAUAUGUAGCUGCCAGGUUUUAUAGUUCAGCUAAAGGGUCUAAUUAUUCUAAGUUCUGUUUUUGAAUUAGGUCUCCAAGUUCAAACUUAACACCACUGGUAAAAUGACAUGAAACAGCUGCUCUUACAUAAGCACCUCUGUGACUCCCAACUGUUGAAAUUAGGAAUUUUUUCUAGUCUGUCCUGAAAAUCUCUUAUAGUUUAAAAGUAUUUUUGUUUUAAUGAUUAAAUUACAGUGGAUUUUUGCUGUUAAUACUUCAGGUAUAGCUUUCAGGAGACUUGGACCUAGUUUCCUGAACUUUCUAUGACCCUCAGGCUUAUUGUGGAAAGAGAACUCCCGUCAGUCCCUUCCUGGUCAGUCCAGUCAGCUUUUGUCACCUUUGAUUUAGCAUCUUAGCUUCCAACCACCAUGUAUAAAAGUUGUGUAAGUUAGGUGACCUUGGUCAGAUGUACCCUAAAGAAUUCUAAACUUUUUAAUGAUUACUUUCUUGUCUUAUUUGAGUUGAAAAGAAUCUUUAGUUAUACCUCUUAAUUCAGCUCAGGUACAAGGUUUAAAUUCUAAAAUUUUCUGCAUGCCUGACUCAUGGCUGGGGUGGAUAUUUAGAGGUAACUGGCAUUUGGGGUUUUAUAAGAGUUGGGAAAAGGUGAUGAAACUGAGUCCCCCUAAAACUGAGUUCCCCUGCUGAGUUUAUGAUUAACCUCUCUAUCCAAAACUCUCUUCCCUUUCUUGUCCCUUUCUACCUCAGUCCUGUGCUAACUGAACCCUAAUCAACCAGAGUCAGAUGACUAAAAUUGCCGUUGUUGAUAACAUCGUUAAUGUACAGACCGGGGUGUUUCUCCAGGGCAAGAUGAGCUAACAGAACUUCCAGGUCAUGGACCACCAGACCAUAGACUCGUAAACAAUAGGCAUUCUUAUUCCUGAAACUAUGAUUAAGAAACGUCACAAGACGAUUAACCCCAGCUUCUUUGUUCCUCCCCUCUAAAACCCCACAACUCAAACACCCAGUUGCAGUGGGUGUCAGACUUGUCUCCCACUGCCUUGAUUGGUGCCCUGCAACAAACCCUUACUUUGCUGCAAACACCCAAUGUCAGUUUAGCUUUUGCUCAGUUACAGUAGGGGGUCUGAACAAGGGAGAGAGUAGGGGGAGACGUGCUAAGGAGAGAGAUCAGAAGGAUAAGGGGGUGGGAGCGCUGGAUGGGGGAGGCUACUGCAGGACAAGGAGAGGGUGGCUUUACAGGGGAAUAAGUCUCCUUUGUUCCUGCUGAGUUUGUCAACUUGCUCAUUAGUUUUGGGCAAAGAAUCUUUUAGUGAUGUAACUUUUAUUUCAGAAUUUAAUUUGGAGUCCUCUGCAUACUAAGAAACAAUACUAUCCAUUGGGCCUGAGAAUUCUUAUUUCCUUUAUUUUCAAAGAUGUCUUACAAAUUAACCCUUUUGUUCAAAUCAAGUGUCCCCCAGAGUGGCCACUGAAGGCUCAAAUCAUCUUUGGUACAGUUAUGCUAUUCGGAAACACAGGCAGAAGGGACUUCCCUGGUGGUCCAGUGGCUAAGACUCGGUGCUCCUGGGCUUCCCAGGUGGCGCAGUGGUUAAGAAUCUACCUGCCAAUGCAAGGGACACGGGUUUGAGCCCUGGCCCAGGAAGACCCCACAUGCCACGGAGCAACUAAGUCCGUGCGCCACAACUACUGAGCCUGUGCUCUAGAGUCUGCAAGCCACAACUACUGAGCCACAUGCCACAACUACUGAAGCCUGUGCACCUAGAGCCCAUGCUCUGCAACAAGAGAAGCCACCACAAUGAGAAGCCCGUGCACCGCAACAAAGAAUAGCCCCCACUUGCUGCAACUAGAGGAAACCCACGUGCGACAAUGAAGACACAACACAGCCAAAAAUAAAUAAAUAAAUUUAUUUAUUUAAAAAAAGACUCCGUGCUUCCAAUGCAGUGGGCCCGGUUUUGAUCCUGGUGCUGCAACUAAGAGUUUGCAUGCCACAACUAAAAAGAUCAUGCAUGCUGCAAGUAAGACCUGGCACAGCCAAACAAAGAAAGAAGAAAAGAAAAAGAAAAGAAACACAGGCACAAGAAUUAGGAUUUUAACAAGAAUAUGAAGAUUUAAACUUAGACCACCCCAGAGGGCAGGCAGUGAUCAGUAGGUAUGGAAUGCUUGUGGACCUCAAGUCCCUAACCUGAUGGUUGGCUCCUCACCACACAGACCCAUCGUGUUCCCCUGGCAUGCGGAAACCAGAGAGAAUGCUCUCUCUAGCUUAUAGCCCAGCUCUCAAUACAACAGUUUUAAGAUGGAAGGAGACCUCAUUUGGUUUAUUGGUAACCUGCAAGAAAGUUUGUCCAUGUAGCCUCCAGUACUAUGAGAACUGCAAACCCACUGGUCUGUGAGGCUGGCCUGAACAACAGGCUUAUAGGGCAGUGCCUGUGUUCUACCCUGUGAUUCAUAUUCUCAUGAGAAACUACAUUUUUAGACAGCACAGGAAAAACAAAAACAACCAGUAACUCAAAGGACAUCAAAAAAGGUAUGAAAAGGAAUAGCCUGAUUCACCCAAGUAUCUCAACAGGGAACUAUCAACAAAGUCUACGUGUCAAACUGAGAACAAAAAGCCAAGAAAAUCAACACAGAGCAGAGUUUAGACCUACUGCUGAUUUACCACGUCGUCAUAGACUCAAGUUGCCCUUGAGCAGCAAGGCACAUGGACAUCUGUGGGUACUGCACCUGGUGGAAGGCUAGGGUUUGCGGUGACAGCGUGAACCACAUUUCAGUGGGACUUCCACAGUAAACAUAAUAGGUUGUAACAUAGUUUCUACAGUGGAUACAUCCAAUUUUAUCUUGUUCUUUUUGUCCAUUGAACGUUGAUUAGUGAGACACAGGCUCAAAAGUAGUGUGAGCUGGAGGACUGAUUAUAUACAGUGUGGAAGCUCCUUACAACUUCUCCUGUUACUAUUUUCCCUUCUUAAUCUGAAUUUCUCAUAACAAUUACUUUUUCACUUGCUUUAAUACUAGUUGAGGAAAUCAUAUAACUCUCAUGCUUAACUUUAGUAAUGUUGAUUUACAUCUGUCCAUCAUUUUCAAUAUUGAAUGAACAAUUGUAUAUCAUUCAGAGACCUCAAAGAGGACUUUUACCACAUUUAAUAAAUAACCACUCUUAAGAAAAUUCAUCACAAAAAUUUUUUUUUCUUUUUUUUGCGGUACGCGGGCCUCUCCCUGUUGUGGCCUCUCCCGCUGCGGAGCACAGGCUCCGGACGCGCAGGCCCAGUGGCCAUGGCUCACGGGCCCAGCUGCUCCGCGGCAUGUGGGAUCUUUCUG